AUGUCAAUGAGCAGCUCGUUCUCCCACAAAUUUUGCGAACAUAGGAUGGUGUUUCGAAUACUGCAAGGCCAAAGCACAGGAACAAUUGAGCUCCUUCUCGUUGUAUUGAUUCCAUCAUUAAACGCCUUUAUAGAUCUGAACAGCACGACGCAGCUCUUCAGAUAUAUUCUGUUGGCGCGAAUUUCUCUGCGGUGGAUCAAAUCAAUGAUCCUCAGUCGAAUUGUGUGUGGCAAUAAUAUAAACUGGGAGGAUGGUGGUUACAAAACUGUGCACCCUCUUCACUCAAUGGUGAUUACAAUUUUGCUGGAGCGGGCGGAUACGGAAUGUUCUGGACCAUAGGUAAUGACAUCACUCAUCCUGUCUCGACCAGAAUGAUGCUCAGACCUACGUCUUUUUCGUCUUGAACUGAUGAGUUUGCGUC